AUGACAACACAUAAACGUACAUUUGCCUAUAUGAUGAAUCCGACUGUUGGCAAAUAUCAUUAUGGUCCUGGACAUCCAAUGAAACCUUAUCGUGUUGAAUUAACCAAUUGUCUUGUUUUAGAAUAUAAAAUGCAUAAAAAAAUGAAUAUUUAUUGUCCAUCGGAAGCUAGUAUUCAUGAUAUGACACGUUUUCAUUCAGAAGAUUAUGUUGAUUUUCUUUCACGUGUUGCACCAAAUAGUCAAGAAUUUCAACGUUUUUAUUCAAUUUAUAAUUUAGGCGAUGAUUGUCCUGUAUUUACAGGUCUUUUUGAUUUUUGUAAACUUUACACAGGUGCUUCAUUAUUAUCAGCAACGAAAAUUAAUCAUAAGCAAAGUGAUGUUGCUAUUAAUUGGGCAGGCGGUCUUCAUCAUGCAAAAAAAUUCGAAGCAUCAGGAUUUUGUUACAUUAAUGAUAUUGUUAUUUCUAUUCUUGAAUUACUCAAAUAUCACGAACGUGUACUUUAUAUUGAUAUUGAUGUUCAUCAUGGUGAUGGUGUACAAGAAGCAUUUUAUUUUACUGAUCGUGUUAUGACUGUAUCAUUUCAUAAAUAUGGAAAUAAUUUUUUUCCCGGAACGGGUAGUAUGUAUGAAAUUGGAGCAGAAACUGGAAGAUAUUAUUCUAUUAAUGUACCACUUCGUGAGGGUAUUACAGAUGAUGACUAUUAUGAACUUGUUUUUAAACCUGUAAUAUCUACAGUUAUGCAAUAUUAUCGUCCAAAAUGUAUUGUUCUUCAAUGUGGUGCUGAUUCACUUGGUGGUGAUCGACUUGGUUGUUUUAAUUUAUCAAUAAAAGGCCAUGGAAAAUGUGUUUCAUUUGUUAUGGAACAAAAUUUACCAGUUCUCGUUGUUGGCGGUGGUGGUUAUACAGUUAAAAAUGUAGCACGUUGUUGGACAUAUGAAACAUCAUUAAUACUUAAUGAACAACUUUCAAAUGAUAUACCAUUUCAUGAUUAUAUUGAAUUUUUUGCGCCUGAUUGUCAAUUACAUCCCAAUUUAUUUAAUCCAAAAAUAGAAAAUGGAAAUUCUCGACAAUAUUUAGAAUUAAUUGUUCAAUUUGUUAAUGAAAAAUUACGUUUACUUGCUCAUGCACCAUCUGUUCAAAUGCAUGAUGUACCACCUGAUCUAUUAGAUACAGAUAAUCAUAUUGGAGGAAGACCGACACGACGUGCUGAUGCAUCAAAUGAAUUUUAUGAUGAUGAUAAUGAUGUUGAUCGAACUGAUUAA